UCAGAGAAAUUAAAUCACUUCCUUUGUAGGUUUAGCACUGCUUUAGAAACAUCACUCGUCAUUCUAAAAAAAACACAUCUCAUCGGUGAAGGUGAAUAAUGGAGUUAGAUACUGUUUAUGAAAAUGUUGAUCAAAAACAUAUUAAGGACACAAGUGGACCUCAAAUACACAGACGUGAUGAAGGGCAAGCUCAAAAGCAAAGAGGAAGUAGGUGUUUGGAGUUGAUGACAGUGUGUCUCGGGAUCAUUUGUGUUGUUCUGCUGGUCUUCAUCAUACUGCAGCACAUCUCCAUCACAGAAGAGAGAGAGGCAGCUUCUAAAAAAAGUGUUUUUUUCAUAUACAAUGAGUCAAAGAACUGGUCUGACAGCAGGAAGUACUGCAGGGAUCGAGGAACUGAUCUGGUCAUUAUCGACACUGAAGAGAAGCAGAAGUCCAUAUCUUCAUUCAUCAAGGAGAGAGUGUGGAUUGGUUUGUCUGACAUUAAGAACGAGGGCAGAAUGAAAUGGGUGGAUAAUUCACCACUGAAACAAGGGUUUUGGCUCAAAGGUGAGCCAAAUAACUUGGCUCGAGAUGAGGACUGUAUUGAACUGAAUCCUGAAAAUCCAACCCUGAACAACUGGAAUGAUCUCCCGUGUUCAUAUACGAUAAAAUGGAUUUGUGAGAAAUAAAUUUAGUCUUAUCAUGCAUAGUCUUAUCAACUUGUAUUAUCUUACCGAAUCAUUCUUGCUAUACCAGUUUGGGGUUUUUUUUAUCCCAAGGGCUGGGUAAAUCUUAUAGGACAGAACACAAUUUUAGCCAGGAAAAUUGGGUUGUUUGUUCGACCCAGCAUAAUGGGUUGAUUUAUUUUUUACUAUAAAACUAGCUUAUUUUUUACUUCACACACUUAAAAAAAUGCUACCUUAAAUUAAGUACAUUCAACUUGGCUAUUUAAGCGAUUCUAAAUGUGGCUAUUAAACCUUUGAGGUUCAUUCUCAUGUGAUACGCAGCAUGUUUGAACUUCCAGAAGAGGUUGUUCUUGUACGUCAUUCAUGUUCAGUUGAGCUUCUGUAUUACACACUUCCGUAUUAUUUGUCAGAAAUGCACUUUAUUAAGAUUAUAUUGACAUUAUAAGAUUAUAUUGACUGUUAAUUAAAAGUGACAUUAUCAGAAA